AUGGCUUCUUCUUCUUCUUCAUCGCCAUCAACUCAUCAUUACAGCUACGAUGUCUUCCCAAGCUUCUCCAGUAAAGAUGUCGGCAGAACUUUUCUCAGCCACUUUCUUGAAGGGUUGAAAAGCAAAGGAAUUAAAACUUUCCAAAAUAAUGGGAUCAUGAGGAGCGAGUACAUCACCACUGAGCUCGCAAGAGCUAUUGAAGAAUCAAGGAUCUCUGUCGUGAUCCUAUCUAAGAACUACCCUUCUUCGAGCUGGUGUCUGAACGAGUUGCAGCGGAUCAUGAAGUGCAAGGUCUCUUUAGGACAAAUUGUGAUGGCAAUCUUCUACGAUGUGGAUCCAUCUGAUGUGAGAGAGCAGACGGGAGAUUUUGGAAAGGUCUUCGAGGAAACUUGUUAUGGGAAGACAGACGAACAAAAGAAGAAAUGGAGGAAGGCUUUGAGUCAUGUAGCGGUUAUUGCUGGAGAACAUUCUAUUUCAUGGGCUAGUGAGGCUGAGAUGAUCUCCAAAAUCGUCAUGGAUGUUUCUAACGAGUUGCCAUCAACUGAUUUUGAUCAGUUAGUUGGAAUUGAAGCUCAUGUAGCAAAGUUGAAGGCGAUGGUGUGCCUAGAAUCGGACGAGGUGAAGGUUGUGGGGAUAUGGGGUCCUGCGGGUAUUGGUAAAGCCACCAUAGCUAGAGCUUUAUACAAUCAAGUUUCCAGAAACUUCCAACUUAAGUUUUAUAGGGAGCCAUCUUGGAAGCGUGCUUCUAACACUAUGGAAUUUCAAGAGGAGCUUCUAUCUGGAGUGUUAGACCAUAGAGACAUGAAGAUACCUAACAAACAAGAGGCAAUAUUUAGGUUAAUGCACCAGAGAGUCCUUGUCGUGAUUGACUGUGUCAGUUUUGUAGAGCUACAAGCUUUGCAAAAACUAGUUCAACAGUGGUAUCUUAGAUUCGGAAGUAAGGUGAUUGUGACGAAUGCAGAUCUAUAUACAUUUACGGAUAACGGGAUAGAACAGAUAUACAAAGUUACUUAUCCAUCGAGGGAAGAGGCUUUACAGAUCUUCUCAUACGCAGCUUUCGGGCAAAGCGAUCUCCCCCAAGAGGUUACUUGA